CAGUAUGUAUUCACUGCGCAGAUUUGAGGUACGCCUAGUUCUGAACAUUUCUGUUGGUACACAGAAUUACAAUUCACGUGUGGUCAACAUAACCACAAUUAAAACAGCAAGUUUGUGGCAUAACCUGCGUGUUUGAUUCUGUUCGUUUUAUUGUUGAUUUGAUAAAAUGGAAAGUGUGUUCAAAGUAUAUAACGUAAAAAAAUAUAAGGAACGUCUAUCUUGAAGAGUACAUUAUUAUUCCCGAAGUAACACCAUCAGCCACCGCUGUUGUAGAAGAAAUACGGUCGACCGAGAACCAUACAAGGAUGUUAAUUGAUUUAUACCGUAAAUAUAAGCCUAAGGUGGGCAGCAUCAAAAUCAAAACCUUGAAACAGAUGUGGAAAGUAAUUGCUGACGAACUGCAGCAAAUGCUGAAUGUGAUUGUAACACCAACAAGCUGUGAAAAUAGGUGGAAAGUAUUGGAUCGAAAUUAUAAGAAAUAUGUUGACAACAAUAACGCAACUGGUAGGGGAAGAAAGCACUUUGAAUUUGCUGAAGAUAUGCAAGAACUGUUUGGAGGGAAGAAGAAAGUUCAUCCAGAGCUAAUCCUCGCCUCUACAGCUGUUCAAGUUCCUGAAGGAGUGAUAGAAGAAAAAGGAGAAGAGAAGGAAGAAAUCACAGAGCCUGCUGAAACUGAAAAGCGGAGGAUUCGGAAGAAUGGCAGCACUAUCAAAGUAAAACGAAAGAAUGUAUUGGAGGCGAUAAGAUAUGAUCGGAAGAAUUAUCAAGAAGCUAGGUUGGCAAUUGAAACAGAGAAAUUAUCAGUUUUAAAAGAAAGAAAUAAAAUUUUGGAACAAAGAAAUAAAAUCUUGUCAAAAUGCACAUGUUUUAGAGCAAAUGUUGAUAUUCUAGAAUAGAGAAAAACAAUUAUUAAUGAUGGGAUGCAAGAACGUGAUUGUUGUUUUACUGUUUUAGAUAUA